GUUACGCGGGCGACCCACCCACCUUUUCUGUAAAAAUGUGUUCCCAUUUUAUUGUAAUUUAUAUUUGUCUUAAAACUUUUGUAACUCCCCUCUCUAUAUAUCAUUAGUUCAUCAUCAUUAUCAAAAAGUUCAUCAUCAUUAUCAUCUUUCUUUCUUUCUUGUAAAACAAUACACGCUUUACUCUGUUUGUGGAAUCAAGAAAAAAAAUAUAUACAUAUGACGUGGAUAUUUUCGAUAUUUAAAGGGGCAUCAGGGUUUUCAGCAAAUUCAAAAGCUGAAGAUGUUACUAAUGGAAUUGAUGGAACUGGUCUUACUGCUGUUGUUACUGGAGCUACGAGUGGUAUUGGCUUAGAAACAGCCCGUGUACUUGCCUUACGCGGGGUCCAUGUGAUCAUGGCAGUUAGAAAUGUUGAAGCUGGCCAAAAAGUCAAAGCAAGCAUUUGUGAGAAAAUCCCAAAUGCAAAACUCGAUGUGAUGGAGUUGGAUCUAAGCUCACAGGCAUCUGUACGACAGUUCACAUCUGACUACAUUUCAAAGGAUCUUCCUUUGAACAUCCUAAUUCUCAACGCAGGGAUCAUGUCUACUCCAUUUACUCUUUCAAAAGACAACAUUGAAUUGCAAUUUGCGACUAACCAUAUCGGUAAUUUCCUUUUGACAAACUUGUUGUUGGAUACCAUUAAAAACACUGCAAUUAAAUGCCAAAAGGAGGGAAGGAUAGUUAUUGUUUCUUCAGAGCUCCAUAAGUAUUCUUACAGUGAAGGAAUUAGGUUUGACAAGAUUAACGACGAAAAGAGCUAUAGUGCUUUCUAUGCUUAUGGGCAGUCGAAGCUUGCUAAUGCAUUGCACGCUAAGGAGCUAACAAGGCGCCUCAAGGAAGAAGGCGCAAAUGUGACUGUGAAUUCGUUACAUCCUGGAGUUAUCAAAACAAAUCUUACACGUAACCAAGGGGUUAUCGCCUCUGCCUUCAGCCGGAUACUUUUCAGUUUCAUGAAGAAUAUUCCGCAAGGAGCUGCGACUACAUGCUAUGUAUCAUUGCAUCCACAAGUGAAGGGCGUUAGUGGCGAAUAUUUUGCUGACAGUAACAUAUCAAAAACAGGCAAAUAUGUGGAUGAUCAAGAAUUGGGCAAGAAAUUGUGGGAGUUCAGCUUAGAGUUGACUCAACCAAAGUAAUCAGGUUACAAAUCCUUUGUGAACAAUCUUUUCGUUACAUUGUUGAGCAUCUUUAUAGUUUUUGUGUUGUUUGUUGGCAUGUUGGCAUAAGGUAAGGUAAAUGGAACAAGGAUAGAUGAUGUUUGUAUGAGGAUUGUAUCGAAUGAAAGAGUAAGUUUGUAUUAUAAUUACCAAA